CAGUUUUUCUUGGCUUGUUUCCAGUUUGGGCAGGAACUUCCCUUUCUUUUGAAGAAGGAACCGAGAAAAAAGUCUUUUUUUUUUCAAAAUUCAAGAGAUCAAGCCUUUUCUUCGCCCCGAAUGGAUUGAUCGGAGGCAGAGUGGCUGAAUUGCGCACUGUUUUCCGUCUUUGAUCGAAGGGGAAGGAGUUGGAGAGAUGGCGGAGAGGCAAUUGAUCGUCGUUGUUGAAGGUACCGCUGCUCUUGGCCCUUAUUGGAAGACCAUACUCUCGGAUUAUCUUGAAAAGAUCGUCAGGUCCUUUUAUGGGAGCGAGUUACCUGGCCAGAAGCUUGCUGGAUCAUAUCCUGAGCUGGCUAUGGUUGUGUUCAACACUCAUGGACCUUACAGUGAUUUUCUUGUGCAACGUACUGGAUGGACUAAAAACUUGAAUGUCUUCUUUGAAUGGUUGUCUGCAAUACCAUUUUCGGGUGGUGGUUUUGGUGAGGCUGCUAUUGCUGAGGGUCUUGCUGAAGCUCUAAUGAUGCUUGCUCCAUCUACAACAGCAAAUCUGAGUCGCCAAACCCCUGAUGCACAAAAACAUUGCAUUCUUGUUGCUGCAAGCAAUCCCCAUCCUCUUCCAACACCAGUAUUUGCAAUUCCUGCAUCAAGCUUGGAGCAUACUGAGACUGUUGAAGUUAAGGGAGAAAUAUGCCUUGCCGAUGCUGAUACUGUAGCAAAAUCAAUUGGCCAGUGCGCCAUAUCAUUGUCUGUGAUCUCCCCUAAACAACUUCCCAAACUGAGAGCGAUAUAUAAUGCUGGAAAGCGCAAUCCUCGGGCUUCAGAUUCAACAGUGGAUAAUGCUAAAAACACACAUUAUCUUGUGUUGCUGUCAGAGAAUUUUAUGGAGGCUCGUGCUGCUUCAACUCGGCCUUCAAUUGGAAAUGUGCCAUCAAACCAAAAUGUAAAGGUUGACACAGCUUCUUCCGCCCCUAUUCCAGGGCCUUCUGCAACACCGGUGCCUCCAGCUAGUGGAACAAUUAUCAGUCGCCAACCAGUUCCUGUUGGAAAUAUCCCCACUGCAAAUGUAAAAGUGGAACCAACUACUGUGUCUGCUAUGGUAUCUGCUCCUGGCUUUUCACAUUUACCAUCUAUUCCUAAUGUUGCAUCUCAAGGAGUUCCAAGUAUACAAACUUCUUCUCCUUCUCCCACUUCACAGGAGACUAUUGCAAUAAGUGAGAGCAUGCAAGAAUUUAAACCUUUGGUUAGUUCUCUCCCACAGACACGACCUGUGGGUCCUGCACCAGCAAAUGUCAGCAUUUUGAACAAUAUUUCUCAACGUCGUCAAUUGAUGAAUACUGCUUCUAUAGCUGGUGCAAGUUCUCUUGGACUCCAAAAUAUUGGAGCACCUAUGGCUAUGCAUAUGUCAAACAUGAUAUCUAGUGGAAUGCCAUCGUCUGGAAUUGCAGGCCUUACAUCAGUAGCUGGAUCAGGUGCUCUAAUGGCGAGUGGACAAGUUACACAAAAUACUACUCUCAGUUCAUUUCCAUCCACAACUUCUGGUGUAUCAGGAAAUGCAAAUAUAGGACUUUCGCCAGCACUGGCUAAUCUCCAGGGCAAUACUGGCAUUGAUCAAUCAGUAGCGAGUGUGGGCCAAGGAGGUUUGACUUCUGGUGCACAAAUUGGGCAAAGUGGAAUUGGCAUGAACCAGAACAUAAUGGGUAAUCUUGGUGCUAACACUAUUUCCUCAGGACCUGGUACCAUGAUUCCUACUCCAGGAAUGUCGCAACAAGCAUCUGUGCAUUCUCUUGGUAUGACAAAUAAUGCUCCUAUCAAUAUGCCAUUGGCUGCUUCUGGUGUUCAGCAAGGGCAGUCCAAGUACAUCAAGAUUUGGGAGGGGAAUUUGUCUGGACAGCGGCAAGGACAGCCUGUGUUCAUUUGCAAACUUGAAGGUUACAGGAGUGCAUCAGCAUCGGAAACACUUGCUGCAGAUUGGCCAAAUGCUAUGCAAAUUGUUCGCCUUAUAUCCCAGGAUCACAUGAAUAACAAGCAAUAUGUUGGAAAGGCAGAUUUCCUUGUUUUCCGGACUCUUAAUCAGCAUGGGUUCCUUGUGCAAUUGCAAGAAAAGAAACUUUGUGCAGUUAUCCAGCUACCUUCUCAAACGUUACUGCUGUCAGUUUCAGAGAAGGCGAGCCGUUUGAUUGGCAUGUUGUUUCCUGGGGAUAUGGUCGUCUUCAAGCCUCAAGUUCCCAAUCAACAGCAAAUGCAACAGCAGCAGUCCCAACAGCAGCAAAUCCAGCAGCAGCAACAGCAGAUGCAACAGGCACAACAACAGCAUCUCCAGCACCAGCAGCUCCAACAGCAGACACAGCCACAUCAACAGCAACAGCAACAGCCAAUGGUCGGUUCUGGGAUGAAUCAGACAUUCGUUCCAGGGCCGGGAAGACCUCAAAUGAUGUCUCAACCGAAGGUACAACCAUCUCAAGGACCAGGUAACAUGUCCAGUGGGGGAUUUCUGCCCUGAUGCUCUGUUUGUCACACAGAAAUCCAAAUGAUAGUCUUCGAAAGGACUUGAUUUUGCAGUUCCAUUAAUUUUAUUAAUGGUUAGUGUUACAUUAGAUAAUGUAUGUGUGAAACAACAAACUAAUGGUGAUGUUAGACGACCUCUUUUAACUUUUUUGGACAAUGAAAAUCCAGGUUUGUUCCA